CCCCCCCCCUUUCGUUAUCCAGUUCCCUCUCAUCUCUCCCCUCCCUCUCUUGUCCAAAUCCCCCUUCGUUUCCUCUCUCCUUUUCUCUCUCUAUAGGGUUUUUUGAGGGCUAGGGUUUUCUAUGGAGAUGGGAUUCGACGCCAUGGCCAACGACGCUCCAGUGGUUCCCACGGCUGCGAGGGAAACCGGGAAGAAGAAGAGGGCGAAUAGGUCGGCGAAGUUGAAGCAGUGUAAGCUUGAUGCGAGGAGGGAGCAAUGGCUUUCUCAAGUAAAGCACAAAGACUUCAAAGACACAAGUAUGGGUACCUCUCCGACCUCACCCCUUCAGUCAAUUUCAGAGGGGAGAUCAGAAGAAAGGGGAAAGCGUCGUCAGUCUGCAGUUGCAGAUUUGGAGCAUGAUGGAUCAACUCUCCAUGACAACAGCGAUGCAGAAUCCCCGACCCACCAUCCCACUGCGAAACCUUCGAGAAAGGAGUGUCCCAAUCGUAAUAGCACUAGCAGCAGUGGGAGCAGCAGUACUGGAUCCUGCUCAAGAAGUGUCAGUGAUGCUGAGGAUGAGAACGACGAGGAGAGAGGAGAGAAGGAUGGAGGUGGCCUUGAUGACUGGGAAGCUAUGGCAGAUGCCCUCUCUGUAUCCCCCGACAAUGGGCAGGAUCAUCAGCUUAAAGCUGAUGAUUCACAGAUAACCGCAUCGAGAACAAAGCCUGUUGAUCCUUUGAAGCAGGAGCCUGAUCGAACUAUUCCUAGAGCCUGGAGACCCGAUGAUGCCUUCCGCCCUCAGAGCCUGCCUAACCUAUCGAAGCAACGGAGCUUCCCUGCUAAUAACCACCGUGGUAUUCUCUCUCGCCCACCAUCGUCAUGCCCUAUAUGCUAUGAGGACCUGGAUCUCACUGACUCGAGCUUCCUUCCAUGUUCUUGUGGUUUCCACCUAUGUCUGUUCUGCCACAAGAGGAUACUUGAGGCUGAUGGACGCUGCCCUGGGUGCCGGAAGCAAUACAGUACUGUAGCAGGAGAUGAGGAGAUUGGUGUCGUGACUGGAAUAGGGGUGCCGCCAUUAUCCUAUCGGCUCUCUCGUUCUUGUAGUAUGAGUUCCGGAUAUUAGGAUAGGGAUGAGGAGGGGAAGGCUGUGGUUUAUUUUCCUUCCCUUCUUUUUGUUGAAAGUAUGGGUCUUUUUGUGUCUGCUAAUUAAGCGUAUGUUGAACUCGUGUUUUGCUUAUAAAAGAGAGAAAUGUGAAUAUGGACAUAGGACUUGAAGCUGUGUUGGAUGGUUUCUUAGAAAGUAGGUGGGCAUAUGUGUUCUGUUCCCUCAAUGUAUUUGGGUGCUUAUAUAUGUAUUGUUGCUAUAGUGGGUGUUUGGAUGUGAAAUAGUUGGGAAGGACCAUAGAACUGUCA